AGGGAGAAAGUGCUCGUGUCUAUGAAGAAAUAUUUGCAGCCAGGAAAUUCUGGAAAUGAAAAGACCUACAAUAAGAAAGGGCAAAAAUUAGCAAGUGUACAAAAUGUUGGACUUCCUGUAGAGAUCGUUAUCUUCAAGAUAAAAAGCUUUUGUGUUCUUGGAUUAACAUAUCGUAGGUGGAACGUCAAAAACAUUGCAUAAUGAAUCUUAUGGCAAGAGCCUUGUAUGACAAUGUCCCAGAGUGCGCAGAGGAAUUGGCUUUCCGCAAGGGAGACAUAUUGACAGUGAUUGAACAGAACACUGAAGGGCUGGAAGGAUGGUGGCUCUGCUCCUUACAUGGCCGACAAGGCAUUGUUCCAGGUAACCGCGUAAGACUGUUGAUCGGCCCAGUACAGGAAAAUCCAUCUAGCCAUGACAUGUCCAAUUCAGGAUCCGCGCAUCAAACUUUCAGUCAACAAAAAGUCUAUCAAGUUCCAGCCCCAUAUGCUUCAGCUCGGGACCCAGUCUACCAGGUGCCGCCUUCCUAUAUGAAUCAAGGAAUCUACCAGAUACCUACUGGUCAUGGUCUACUGGGACAAGAUAUUUACCAAGUACCACCAUCUGUGCAGAGAAGUUUGGGCAGCAUGAAUGGUUCACAUAUGCACAAGGUAAUAACUCCCAUUAGGUCAGGACAAGGCUAUGUUUAUGAGUUCCCUUCCAAUAACCAGAAGGAUAUCUAUGACAUCCCUCCAGUCCAUCCUCUCCAAGGUAUAUAUGACAUUCCCCCUGCUUCUGUUAAGGGGUCUGCACACCCGGUCCUGAUGGGAGAUGCAAAAACUCAAGGAGUCUAUGAUAUCCCACCUGCAAAAGCGAUCUAUGCUAUUCCCCCAUCUGCCUGCAGAGAUGAUGCUGGGCUGAGUGAUAACUCACAGGACUACCCUCUGGCUGGGAACUGUAAUGCAAAACCAGAAGGAGUAUAUGAUAUCCCUCCUCCUACCACCAAAGCAGCAGGGAAAGAACUUAAUAAGAAAUUUACCUCUGACUUCCCUCUACCAGCUGAGUUAACGUCACGCAAGCAGAGUGUAUAUGACAUUCCAGUUAGCCAUCAAAACCAAUUUCUUGGACAGCAGCUCGCUCCUCAGAAGGAUGUAUAUGACACCCCUCGUGGAGUUCCAUUUCCUGGGCAACAGGCAAGACUUAAUGAAAGUCUCAAUCCAGAAGGAAGGGAAGGCGUGUAUGAUGUGCCACCACAAACCCUACAAGACACUAAAGGAUUGCAAGAUCUGACAGAUGGGAUAAAGAGACUGUCUUUCUCCAGUACAGGAAGCACCAGAAGUAACAUGUCCACAUCUUCCACAACUUCAAAGGAGUCUUCAGCUUCACCUUGUUUGGACAAAAGACUAAUACUGGAUCCAGACACAGCAAUAGAGAGACUUUACUGGCUUCAGCAGACAGUGGAGACUGCUGUCUAUAACCUUAUGGCCUUCGUUAACAUGGACUGGAGAUCUUAUGGGUACAUGGAAAAACACAUUAAUGAAAUACACAGCACUGUGGAGAAGGUGGAGCAUUCACUGGUGGAGUACCUUCAGUUUGCAAAAGGAUCAACAGCCAAUGCUUCCUGUCUCUCUGAGUGCAGUCUCUAUAAUAAAAUGAGAAGGGAGCUUCAAAGGCUGGAGGAUUCUCAUCAGAUCUUAACCCAGACCAGCCAUGACCUCAACAGCUGUAGCUGGUCCUUGAAUGUCCUAGCUGUCAACAAACCCCAGAGCAAAUGUGAUGAUCUAGACCGAUUUGUUAUGGUGGCAAGGACAGUCCCAGAUGAUGCCAAACAAUUGACCACCACCAUCAGUGUCAAUGCAGAGAUGCUAUUCAAACAGGUAUCAGACAGCUCCCAUUUCAAGAAUGUAUUGGAGCACAUUAUGAACACAACUGACUAUGUGUAUAACUGCCCCCAGACUCAACUGUUGCAUCACAGAGAAAAAACUCAGAACCACUGCAGUUCUUUGCCUGCACAGCUGAGCAAAGACCAGCACCCCCACAUUACCAGCAAUGAGGGCUCUGAGAAAAGCUGGAUGGAUGAUUACGAUUAUGUGCACUUGCAGGGCAAAGAAGAGUUUGAAAGACAACAAAAAGAGCUCUUGGAAAAAGAAAAUAUCAUCAAGCAGAACAAAAUGCAGCUGGAGCAUCAUCAGAUCAACCAGUUCCAACGACUGGAGCAGGAAAUCACAAAGCCUGUGGAAAACGACAUCUCAAAAUGGAAGCCACCUCUGGAUCUCGCAGCUGCAAACAGCACUGCUGCCUCUCAAGAUAGGCAGCUGCUCUUUUUUUAUUCUGACCAGUGUGAGACUCAUUUUAUUUCUCUCCUGAAUGCCAUUGAUGCUUUUUUUAAUUGCAUCAGUACAACUCAGCCACCCAGGAUCUUUGUUGCUCACAGUAAAUUUGUCAUUUUAAGUGCUCACAAACUGAUCUUUAUUGGGGAUACACUCACAAGGCAGGUGACUACUCAGGAGAUACGCAGCAAAGUGAUGAACUCCAGCAACCAGCUGUGUGAACUACUAAAGAGUGUUGUUAUGGCAACCAAGAUGGCUGCCUUACAUUAUCCCAAUACAGCAGCCCUACAAGAGAUGGUGGACCGAGUAACAGAACUGUCUCAUCAUGCACAGCUGUUUAAACGCUCCUUGGUACAGAUGGCAUCAUUAUGAAACAAAGUGGAAUCCAAUCAAUGAAAAUCAAAGCUAAAAAAACUGGAGAUAUAUUCUAUUUUUUUUUGUAAAUGUAAUCAUUUUUGUAGAUAUUUUACGUUAAAUAUUUUAAAUACAUUUUUUAUGGAUUAGAAAAUGUAAAGACAUUCAGGGAUAUAUCUGUUUCCUUAUUACAUUUUUAAUAUACAUAUAGAUGUGUGUACCAUGCAUAUAUGGUAAGACACCUGUAAGCAAGCACCUUAAAUGUAUGCAUCAGGUAAGUGGUGCAUAUUGUUGUAUAUACCACCUAGUUUUUAGUACAUCCAUAACUGGAUUUUGCCCCCCCUUUUCGGGAGGCAUAAUGUACGCUUCCCUCAUAAGUAUAGCACGUGAUGAUGUCAACUAUAGCAAGUAUAGAUGUCAAAUUUACUUGUAGCAAUUCAUGAAGCAGAUGUAAUCAUUCUAAUGGCAUUCCAAUCCCUUCCUAAAACUGACUUGGUUUGGAUUUACUUUGCAAAAAUUAACCUGUUCUCUCAAUUAGUUUGCCUAAAAGAGUCAGUCAUUUUGAACAUUAUGAAUCAGAUUUAUGUAAGAAGAAAUAAAUUAAGGUUCAAAGCAAUCAGGAAGAAAUAAUUCUUAUCCAGCAUGACCCUUUUCUCAUAUGGAGAAAAAUAGUAUGCAAUUUUAAAAGUAAUUGCUGAAUACCACAAGAUAUUUUCUAAACCUGGAAGUAUUUCCAACAAUAUAAGUACAAGUAUAUUUACCCCCCCCCCCCCACAUCCUUGCAUCUGAAAAGAAUUGUAGCUAUCAAACUUUACAGACUUAAAUUCUGCAGACCUAGCAACUUAUCUGGAGAAUUGCUGAGCAACCCCAACUCCGGCUGAUGCCCAUGGUGGUUGAGGAUUCUCAGCAUCUCAUUUAAUCCCUUAAAGAGGGAUUAAAUUGUAUGGAAUUAUAAUUCAUUAGGUAAAAAAAGAUAAAAACUUAAUUUGUCAUAAUCAGAUUUGGAAAUAUCUGAUCAAAGCAAACAUUAGUUUAGUGGAGAGAAUAGCACUUAUUUUUCUAUGACCUAGUCUUGUGAACUAUUUGCACCUAUUGCAGUUCUGAGCUUCACUUUUUUGUUGUUGGACUUUUUCCAAAUUUUCCUCUAUAGCUGUUGGCUCAAGGGCACUCCAUGGGGUUUCUUGGGCUACGCAGCUGCCAAAGCAACACUUUUUAAAAUGGGGGUAAUUCCAUUAGUUGCAGACAUAGAUCUUGACUGCCUACAGAUCCCAUUACACCACCAACCCAAGCUAUGGAGUAGUGGUGACUGGGCUCAAGAGAAUGAAGUCCAGGUGAUGCUCAUUAUACUUGUGAUUUAAAGCUGAAAUAUUUGCCAUCCAUAUGUCUUUGGGGUAAUUCAACAUAGACUUGAGUAUCUGGUAAUCAAAGUGUUUGUAUAAGAUAGCUGACUGCUGAUAAAUACAACAUUGUGCUAUAUAUAUAUAUAUAUAAUACUUAGUCAGAAGGCACUUACAUAAAGUCUUUCGUCACAAUAGUAUGCUUAGUACUUUUGAUCCAGCCUAAGUCUAAAAACAUUUUCCAAUAUGUGCCUCACUACAGCAUAUUUGUUUAACUUGGAUAACAAUAUUGUUUAACCAGCAAAGUAAAUGAUGCUUUAAUAUAUAGUUUCAGAACGAUAAUUUCUUGUCACUGGAAGUUGAAGUAAUGUGACUGCCAGACAGCUCCAGCCUGCUCCCAUCAAGACUAUUUACAAGUCAGAGUAACUUUCAACAGACACAGAAUCACCCCCAAGAUUUGCAUCUGGUAUAUUUAAUGAUCUCCUCAGUUUGACAAGAGCAGAAGGGUGUACUUAUCUUGUUGCGAACAAAAGAGAAUUACACCCUCUCCCCACAAAAGAUAGAAUUCACUUAAACCAUUUUUGUACUUGUGGCAUUUGGGAUUUUUCCAGAUUCUGCUUGUUCAUUUUUUCAUAGUGUAUUUUUAGAAGAUGAAAAACAUUUGAGAGUUUAGACAUGUUGAUAAUAUUGAGCUUUGUAAAGGGAGAAUCUUUAUGGCAAACCUAUAUUAUUGUUUACCUGUUAUCUUGUAGAGAGUAUUUUUAAAAUCAUUAAAGUACACAGCUUUUUUAAAAAACAAAACAAAACAAAA